CCAUGUCAACUCCACUACAAAUGACAUGAUCAGAUUAAUCUCAAAUUAAGAACUACCAACCCGACUAGGAUGAAGAAGAUAUUUUGUAAAUGGCCCAAUGAAGUUGGCUCCACGUUCGCAGCACUGCAUCUCUGUCCAUUUCUUUCUCUCGCCUUCUCGCUCUCACAUUGGCAGGUCUAAUGGAUCACCGGCAACCUGCUCUCUCCCCUGGCCAGGCGCUGCGGCCGGUGCGAUCACUUUGAGAGGCCACCACAUCUCGCGGCGAGGAAGGCUCCAAACAGGAGGUGGUCACCUUCUUCCUGGUCGGCAAAAGGGAGGCAUAGGACUAGAGCUUUCUUUUCCUGAAAGAUCAGGACCAGAGCUUUCAGAAUUCAGAUCGAUCACACUACGCUAGCAAUGUUCUCCGGUGACAUGGCCGGGCGGUGGAGGGAGCUGCACGGCAGCGAGCACUGGGACGGCAUGCUCGACCCGCUGGACGUCGACCUCCGCCGCUGCCUCAUCGCCUACGGCGAGAUGAUCAUGGCCACGUACGAGGCGUUCAUCGGCGAGAGCCGGUCCCCGAACGCCGGCUUGUGCCGGUACCCCCGCGCCGACCUGUUCCGGCGCGUGGACUUGUCCCACCCGGGCUGGUACGCGGCCACGCGGUACAUCUACGCCACGGCCAGCGCCGAAGUGCACGGCAAGGUGCUGCUCCGCCCGCUCUGCCGGCAGGGCUGCGGCAGGGAGUGCAACUGGAUGGGGUACGUGGCCGUGGCCACGGACGAGGGCGCCGCCGCGCUCGGGCGCCGGGACAUCGUUGUGGCGUGGCGCGGCACGCAGCGCGCGCUCGAGUGGGUGGCUGACCUCAAGCUCACGCUCGCCUCGGCGGCAGGGAUCCUCGGGCCGGAGGGCGCCGACGGGUCCGACCCGUCGGUACACCGCGGCUACCUGUCGCUGUACACGUCGGCGGACGAAGGAUCGAAGCUGAGCAAGCAGAGCGCCAGGAUGCAGGUGUUGACAGAGGUCGCAAGGCUAAUGGACAAAUACAAGGACGAGGAGACCAGCAUCACCGUCGUCGGCCACAGCCUGGGCGCCACCCUGGCCACCCUCAACGCCGUCGAUAUCGUCGCCAAUGCAUACAACAAAUCCCCGGACUCCGACAGCCGCGUCCCGGUCACCGCCACCGUCUUCGGCAGCCCGCGCACAGGGGACCGCGACUUCCGCGACGUCUUCCACCGCCUCCCGAGCCUCCGGAUGCUCCGCGUCCGGAACAGGCCCGAUCGCAUCCCACACUACCCGCCCGUGGGCUACGCCGACGUGGGCGUGGAGCUGCUCAUCGACACGCGCCGGUCGCCGUUCCUCAAGCCCCACGGCAACGAGUCGCAGUCGCACGACCUCGAGUGCCACCUGCACGGCAUCGCCGGGUGGCAGGGCGACCACCGCGGGUUCGAGCUGGUGGUGGACCGGGACGUCGCGCUGGUGAACAAGUUCGAUGACUGCCUCGCCGACGAGUACCCCGUGCCCGUGGGAUGGAAGGUGCACAACAACAAGAACAUGGUGAAGGGACCCGACGGGAGGUGGGUCUUGGAGGACCAUGAUCCUGACUACGACGAGGAGGAGGAGGGUGACAACUUGUAGGCGGGCCAGAUUGGGAAAGAGCAUGAUUUGAACGCUGGCCAGCUCGCCUGACACGCAAUGCCAGCCAAUUUGUUUUCAGUUUCUAGUCAUCUGAUCUUGAUGUUUUUACGUACAGUAAAAAAAAAUGUUUUUUACGCACCCUUGAUUGUUCAUCCUCAGGUCUGGUGAUCUUUUGUGAACUUGGUCAUUGGGAAAUAUGAUCGACGGACUUGAUUGUAUUGAAAUAAGAUAAA